AUGUCCUCAUCUAAACUCCCAAAAAGUUUGGAAGAAGACAUUGAACUCAUUUCUAAGCUAGAAAACGUUGAAAUAAAGGAACUAGAAGAUAGCCUUUUGGGAAAUGACUGCCUCUAUGACGAUGAAAGCCAUGGAAUACAAUUCGAGGAUUCCUCACAUGAAUCAAUUCCACAAGUAUAUAAAUUUCAAGUAAACAUUCUAUUAAAGGAGUCUAUAUACGCAAUAAGUAGAAAGAAAGAUUGUGUAGUAUCAUUGCAUAUAGAAUUGACCGAUAACCAAAGCCUCCCAAGUAUACAUCUAAAAAGCAUAUUAAACUCGUCAGUUAAACUCCGUAAUAAAUGCCUCCAUUUCAUAAAUAAAGUAGCAUUUUCAGGGUCUACAACAUCGAGUUUUAGUAUAUAUAAGCUUAUAGUAGAUUUUAAAAGUUUCCUCCAGUACGAGUCGAGAAAUGAGGAUAUUGAACACGUAACAGAAAAUUCUUCCAAUUUUGAAGAGUUUAUAACACUCUCAUUCUCUUCAAUUAAUGACGCUGAGUCUACGCCAAAUGAUUUUACUCUUUUAUAUGAUAAACAAGGAGAUAAUUUAAACACCGAAAGCCAUGAUAGUAGAUAUAGGGAUACAACCAGAUACAACAGCAUAACAAUCUACAAAAAUGAUAGGAUCUAUAACCAUUUGAUCACACAUUCGAGGUACUUUAGAGAGUUUAAGGAGGAAGCGGUUUUGGGUUCAGGCUCGUUUGGCUGUGUAAUUAAGGUUUUGAGGAAUUCAAUAAACUACGCAGUUAAACAAAUACCAAUUUAUCAUAACUAUGAGUUUAUACUCCACGAAGAAGCAGCAGUGCUGGCGAGUCUCCAGCACCCAAAUAUAGUUCGGUAUUACGACGCCUGGGUGGAACAAUCACCAGAAUACCUGCUAACUAAAUAUCACCAUCAACUGAACCUCGAAAAGAAUAAUAUGGACAGAAACUUCGACCAUGAAUACACCCCAGCAAAUAAUGAUUUCAAAUUUGGAAAUAGAUUAGACAGAGUUAUUGAAGAAAUUGACUUUGAUGAUCAGUUUAAUGAAGAUAGUGAUCCGGAUACUGAUAAUGUAGAUCUUUCACCAGAUAACAGAAAUGUUAUAAAGAUACAUAAUAAACACUACAAGAAGAAUAAACAUAUACCCAAAAAAUGUCUGUUUAUUCUCAUGGAGUACUGCGGAGAGGAAUCCCUGUUUGAAACCAUAAAUAAACAAACAUUGCAAGAUACUCCACAAAAGGUGACUGAUCUUUUUAGACAAAUCAUGGAAGCGCUGAGUUAUAUUCAUGAAAAGGGUAUAAUACACAGGGAUGUAAAGCCAUCUAAUAUCUUUCUAAAGUUUGAAAAUGAAAUUACAAUCAAGCUCGGAGAUUUCGGAUUGACGGCAAAAUUACAGCAAUCCAAAGGUAAGAAUACAAUUGUGAAUGAGAAUGGUGUGGUUGGAACAUUACAUUACAUGGCACCAGAGCAGUUCGAAUGUGAUGCCUAUAACGAGAAAGUUGAUAUUUACUCAGCUGGAGUCGUGCUGUUUGAAAUGCUUUCCAAACCCUUUCAGACUUUUAUGGAAAGGUGUGAGAUCCUCUCGUCCUUUUCAACACCAAAUAAGCAGUGGCCAGAAGGAUUUAGAGAAAGAGUUGAUAACAGACUGUUCAAGCUCCUAGAGUCUAUGUUAAAUAUAAACCCGAACAAAAGACCCUCGGCAUCUGAGAUUCUGCAAAAUGAAAUCUUUACAUCCAACAAGCUGAAUCUCCAGUCGCUGUACAACGUUAUUACUCAGUACCCUCACUCAAUGGAGUCAGUUCAGCUGUUGAACACCAUCUUCUCAAGGAAACAACAGUAUAAGAAGCUGACUGACUACUACAAUAUGGUGAUUAGUAAUAACGUGAUAAACUAUGUAAAUUUGGAACUGGGGUUGAUCUACGAUAAGGAGUUUAAACUGAGAAACGCCCACAACCUGCACCCUCACCUUCUAACACACUUGCCAUAUUCUUCCAAAACUAAUUUUUUAAAUCAUGUCGUAGAUAAGGGUACUGGUUUGGACAGAGAUAAAACAUUUGAAAGAGAUAAGAACACGGGAAAGGAGAAGCAUCAAUUCAGAGCAAGAUUGCUGUUGAAUAAUGGCAGGUGCUGUAACCUGACCUAUUCCCUCCUUUAUUCCUUCUCUGAAUGUACGACUAAGGAGCUAGCUACCAUAAUUAGAAGGUAUUCAUACUCACCAGUCUACUCUACACACGGAACUGGGAACGUUGGGACCAGAAUUGAGGGCUUAGAUAUUCACUACUUUCUGGGGUAUGACAUUGUCGUAGACUACAUGAUCAUCCUGAACGAGAAUAACGAAAAUGAAAUGAACCUAGACGCCUUUUUUACAUAUGAACUAGUCUCAGUGUCAUCAAGACCCCUGAAGAGGUUCAUAAAUUGUGCUCUCUCGUUGGAGUGGAACCAUUAUGAAUUUUUAACAAAGUUACUCAGCUCCCUAAAAGUACCUGAGCAACUCCUGAACCAGGUGGAGAGGGUAAUGUUAUCAGAAGUACUAGUGAAAGGGAAGAACACAGGCGUGUUUGAUGAAUUGAACUCAAUCACAAUUAAUAAUCAAACGUUGCCGUCAGUUCUGCUCAACAUUCAUCCAUUUUUGCACAAAUUUAAGGGCAGAGUCUCUGAGGUCAAGAAGGGGUUGGAGGCGCUACUAAACUGUGAACUAUCACAGGAAUUCAGCGAGUACCUGGAAAACCUUCAGUUUUUUGAGAGGUUCCUUUCUGACUUUGAUGGGCAGUAUCAUUUUAAUCCGACCUACAUCGAGUCGAGCAGUAAUUGCAACAGUUCAAACAUUCCAAAUGAUCAUUUGAGAGGGGGAGGUAGGGAGGGAAUAUUUGAGAAGUUCUACUUCAGAAUGUUUCUGGAAAUAGGUAAGAGAAACUUCGGGGAUUUAACAUUCGGAGGAUGCUACAAUAGGAUAAUUGAAAACAACACUAACAGGAGAAACUCCUUCGGGUUCGAGAUGAACCUCCACCCAAUUUAUGACUACUUUACCCAAAAUAUGGUCAACAAGAACCUGUACAAUAACCUUCACUUGAACUACGCGCCUGAAGUGGUGGUCUACACACCCCAAAUGAACCUGAUAAUAGUCGCAACGAGCCUUGAGAACAAGUUCUGGAGCGUGGGAGUCAAGUGCUACAAGAAGGUCGGAGGACAUCUUAACAUUAAAAGAAUCACCAGGCUGAAGAAGGCAGGCCUAUUCUCGCUUCAGAAACUUAAAUAUCUUGUUACCAUUAAGAAGAGUAAUGAGAAUCACGAAAUUCAAUACUUCAUUUGUGAUAUCAACUUUGAUAACAAAUAUGUAAGUUAUUCUUUACACAUUUGA